CGGACUCCCUGGCAAGACUGCGAAGAAUAAUCCAAUAAUAAAUCCACUGACAACACCGAUGUCUUGGCUGCAGGCUCUUAGGGAUGAGUUCACCCUGAGACCGUUUGAGAUUGAGCAGACACAGAGUGGCUGCAUCUCCAUGGCAUCAGGACACCAGGAUGUAACGACCAAUCAGGACCCUGCAGAGGUCAUGGAAGAGCUCUCAGGGAAGAAAAAGUCCAAGUUCCAGAUGUUUAAAAACUUCUUUGCCAGGAAAAAGAAAAAGGAGCUGCCAGCCAGUGGUGCAGACGUGGGGCUCAGAGCCAGCCAAUCAAGUGAAAAUGUCAGCAAAGCAUCUGAGAAAAACACACUCACUCGAUCAGAGAGGGAUAAGGGCUCUGGAUCAAAGAUCAGCCUGGGCAGCAAGGCCUUGUCACACGACUCUGUCUUUGUUUCGGACUCAUCAGAAGCCAACGAGCCUCUUGGGGCAUCACAGGAUAGCAUUCACGUGAAAGUGAAAUCACUACAGCUCCAGCUAAAACAAGCAAUAAGACUGGGCUCUCCACCCUCCCUCAUGUGUGUGAAGAAAACAGAAGACACAGGCACCAUGUCUGAAGAUGAUGGCCUGCCCUGUAGUCCUCCAGAAUAUAGGACACUUCAUACAGUCAUGGUUCAAAGCCACAGCCUGAAUAGCCUGGAGGGACUAGACAGUGAUGAUGACCAGCUGUCCUGUGCCGCCUCCAGUAGAGCUGUGAGCCCUCUCGUGGUUCCAGGGGACUUCAGUCAGCCGGCCAGUUCCUACGGCUGUCUGGAUAACUCUGCUGCCAAACACAAACUGGGGCUGAGGCACAAAGCUUGUUACAGGAGGAAACCUCUCAUUAGGCUGGACGUAAAAGCAGAUGGAGAAUCUGUGGUGAAACAGAUACUGAACGCUUCGAGGAAGCUCGAACAGCAUGUGACAACAGAAGUUGUACAUGGUGAUGAGCUGAAACCACAGCUACAGAGAGAAGAUGAAGAUAAUGAAGAGGGGGGGCAAACACAGCCCCUUUUAACAUAUAAGGAGGACUGUGAUAAGGGAGAGGAUGAAUCAGAACUAAAACACAUUUCUGUAGACAUGGAUUCUUCCCCUUGUCCUGACCCAUGUCUCUUAGUGGAGAAAGCACCAGACGUCCAGCCUAUUCCCUCUGACAAGCUUGGCUUGGCAGCUUCCUCUCUGGACAGUCCCAGAGCAAUGACUCCUUCUUGUGUGAGAGAGUUCUUGCCGGACCCUCCAGGUAUCCCCCAUAGAGCCGAGGAGGUGAAAAGCAACUUGUCACUAACAGGAGAAGAAGAUACAGACCAGCAAAACAGCGAAGAGGAGGUCCUUUUGUUAGAGGAGGUGCUGGACACUUUGAAAACUCCCCUUCCGUCUUCCUCGCUUGGCAAUCAUACUGAAGGAAUUGUGGUGGAACUAAAAAAAGGGGUGAAUGUAAAGGAAAGAGAAGAUGGAGAAAAAGCACAGGAGUUGAAGGAGGAGAGGGGAGAACCUGUCGUUUAUCAGGCUGAUCCUGCUGGAUCUCUCAAGCCAGAUCAGACCACCACAGAAGAGGAGGAUGUUUCCACUUUGAGCAGGAACACUCGUUCCUGUCAAGAUGUUCAAAGUGAGGCCAUGCUUAACGACAAGGAGGAAGCAGCAGAGGAGAAAGAAGAAGACUUAAUUGUGGAAAAAUUGAGUCAACAUUGUCCAGAAGAGGAAGGAGAGUAUGAGGAGGGAGAGGAAGUCCAACCGGAGGAACAGAAUGAUAUGAUUACAGAUAACAGGAUCAACCAGGCACAAGAAGAGAGAGGAGUAGAACCAGAAGAGAGCGAAGGAGGCGAGGACACAUUUAAGCUCGAGAAGUCGCCAGAGGUGGAGGAAGGGAGAAGAGAUAAUAGAAAAGAAGGCGUUGAAGAGGUGGAGGUGAAUAAAGAUACGACUGAGGAAGAUGAAACAAAAGAAGAUGAAAGGCAAGGUUCAGAAGAGGUGACAGAGGUGUUACCUGAUGCAGCCGUGGAAGAGGUUGAAAUCACCAAUGCAAUGCAGAACAUGGAUGAAGGUGAAGACAUGGUGGUUGAAGAUGAUACGGUGUUAGCCGCACAAGUCAGGAACAAGAAUGAACUCCCUUUAGAACUGGCUGAUCAGGCCAUAGUGGAUGAGAUUGAAAGCUGUGUUGAGGAAAGUGUCAUCGGGGAAGAAAGGGAAGUGGAAGGGGACCACUUAAAACCAAACGCAGAAGUCAAAGAGGAAGAUGUUGAACCGAACAAACCUGGUUCAGAUCCCACUGAACAAGAUGUAGAGCAGGAAGGUGUUAAGGUAUCCACUAAAAACAUGAUGCAAAUGGAACAUGAAAAAACUGAAGCCGCAGAGCAGUCUCAGACUUUCUCGAAGGCUUCUUUUUCCUUUCCAGAGCCGCAGCAUGAGACACAGUCCCAAGAGAGUGGAACCAGCACUACCAGUAACACAGGCAGAACCAUGCUCCACAUCCAUCGUCUUUCACCAAGCUCAGAGGAAACUAGCGACUGUAAACAGGAUUCUGAAGUACCUUCUUGUGCUACAGCAUUUCCAAAAAAAGAACCAGAUGACACUGUGAAAAAAGUCAAAGAAGAAACACCUUUGUCUCCGCAUGAUGUUGCUCCACCUGCAGCUUCUGAGGAGGAAACAGUCAAAAAGCCAUCCAGUGGUUCCUAUCAGACCAAAUUUCACUUCCCAUCACUCUCUGUAGAAGGUGCCAAAGACAAUUUAACUCCUCCCUCCUCUGCAUCUGUCUGCGCCCCCGCGGCUCCUGCAAGCACAGAACCGGUCCCGGCCUUAUUAAAGGGAAACAACAACAAUCCAUUUGGAGUGUGGUUGAGAAAGACGCCAGUGCUGCACCGCUUUAGUUCAGAGGAGCAAAAUUCACAGCAUUCCUUUGAGGCCCCAGCUCAGCCUUACAGCAGUCAAACUGACUUGACACAGCCAAUCAGUGCAAAGCCACCAAGCAACAAACCAGCGCUCCCCAAGAAACCAGACCUACAUGGAGACCGAGGAGCAAAAAUCAAGCACAUCUCAGACCCAGCUUCCACUCCUGGUGUUUCUAGUGAACCUGAUUCCCCAAGCUGGAUCUCUGUGGCCAUACAGAAACAGAAGAUUUAUAAAGACAACUCCCUGAACGAGACUACAGUCAAGAAGGAGGAACCAGAGAUGAAGAAUUCAAACAACAGCAAAACUGCCGAGUCCACCGACAAAGAGAUGAAUAACCCUAUAGAAUCUGUUGACAAGGAGGUACGGAGGGCUGUCUCGCCUUCAGCUCUGAUGUCACCUCAGCCGUCUAAAUCCCAGUCGUAUGGUCUGUCCAAUCCUGUCCACCUGAAACCCCAUGUUCCUGUCACCUUCAACAAGCUACCCCAAAGUUCCUUUUCAGCCCCUUCUCAGGUUCAUGUUCACCAAAAAUCUGUUCCUUGUGCUAGCCUACCACCACUCUCCAAUGUUUCUACCUAUUCCAAGACGCCCGACCCCAUGGGCUCAACACUUAUCUCCCCUCCUUUUUCAUCAAGAAAUGCCCCAGAAAAGUCUAGUUCAAGAGCUUCAGGGCUCUCGAACCAGAUCCCUUCCUCCCAUCGCUUCCUGCCUCCUCCGGCAUUCACACAGGACGAGCCACCUUGGAUGGCCUUGGCAAAGAAAAAGGCCAAAGCAUGGAGCGAGAUGCCCCAGAUUGUCCAGUGACAAGCGAAAAGGCUCAAGAGGGGUUGGUCUUAUUGUGUGGCUGGACCAGUAUACAUUUGCACACAAAGAGUUGUUUUUCUGUUUUACUUAUCUUCUAAUUUUUUUCACCUUUGUUGUUUUAGAAACAAUCUGUUCCACAUUAAAGAGGCUCAGUUAAACUCUUCCUUAAUAUUGCACAGUCAUACUUUUCAAAACGACAGGGUAGGACCAAAUAAUGUUGUGUCUUUUUGAAGUGGAUGAUUUUUAUAAAAGUCUUUGUAAGUUAUAAAGUGCCUUAAUGUGAAAAGAAACUUGUAGUCUCGCAGACGUAAAUGUUGUGUUUUUCAUGGAGUCAAUCGCAGAUUCCACCUGGUAUCAAUGAGCAUUUCAGGUAAGCAAUAAAGCAGACUUAUAAAGAGGAUUCUUUCAUUACAGGAAGUGGUUAUAAAAUAAACAUAAACUGACCAAUGAUUCUCCGGAUGAAUAAAAACCCUUUCUCUUA